UGACCUUGGGAAGCCGAGUUACGGCUUGCCUUUGCAGGCUCUUGAAGGAGCAGUGUUACCUUCUGGGUGUAUUUACUUAGUGUUUGGAGAAUGCAUCAGCAGAGAAUAACAUCUGGGGCUGCAGGUGGAGGACUCUGCGGGACCUGCUACGCGAACUAAUGCUUCUGUGUUUCCAGGUUUGAGGCUUGGAUCCGCUUUGGAAGUAACAGAGUUGUUGUUGCCUUGCUAUAUCUACAAGCAGUUUUUAAUCUGCUACUGUUAUUACAAAUAGGAAAAAAAUAGGAGGGAAGGAGACAAGUAUCUCGACACCUCCAGGAAACGGGAGACUUCACUCUGAAGUGACCGAUAAACAAGUGUGAAGCAUGAGGAUCAACCCUGCUAUUCAGGCUGCUAUCGACCUCACAGCAGGAGCUGCAGGUGGGACAGCAUGUGUGGUGACUGGCCAGCCCUUUGACACCGCAAAGGUGAAGAUGCAGACGUUCCCCGACAUGUACAAAGGAAUUGUUGACUGUUUUGUGAAAACCUAUAAGCAAGUGGGGUUUCGAGGCUUCUACAAGGGAACCACACCAGCGCUUGUAGCCAACAUCGCGGAGAACUCAGUUCUUUUCAUGUGCUAUGGAUUUUGCCAACAAAUUGUGAGAAGAAUUGUUGGAGUAGACAGGAAAACAAAGCUCAGUGAUCUGCAGAACGCUGCCGCGGGCUCCUUCGCCUCUGCCUUUGCCACCCUUGUCCUCUGCCCAACAGAGCUGGUGAAGUGCCGGCUGCAGGCCAUGCAUGAAAUGCAGUUGUCAGGAAAGAUAAUCCAGGGGCACAAUACAGUUUGGUCAGUAGUGAAGGGUGUUAUUCAAAAGGAUGGUCCCCUUGGAUUUUACCGUGGCCUGUCAAGCACUUUGCUGCGGGAAGUCCCAGGCUAUUUCUUUUUCUUUGGAGGAUAUGAACUGAGCCGGACAUUCUUUGCCUCUGGGAGAUCAAAAGAUGAAUUAGGUCCCAUUCCUUUGCUGCUAAGCGGAGGUUUUGGAGGCAGCUGUCUGUGGAUUGCUGUGUAUCCUGUGGACUGUGUCAAAUCUAGAAUCCAGGUUCUUUCAAUGGCUGGAAAACAGACAGGCUUUAUGGGAACAUUUGUAACUGUUGUGAGAACUGAAGGUGUACUUGCCUUGUAUUCUGGACUAAAGCCAACUAUGAUCCGAGCAUUCCUGGCCAACGGGGCACUGUUCCUUGCCUAUGAGUACAGCCGGAAACUUAUGAUGAAACAAAUAGAUUCUUACUGAUACCUUCUAGCAGAUGGAGAACAAAAGGUUGUUUAAGGAUCAUUUAAAUAAAUGAUCAAAAACCUGUAGAUCACAUCGUGGUCUGAGCAGGGCCAAAUCAGUGACCUAAUUUUAGGAACUCAACUCCAGUUUAGGAUUUGUAAUCUUUUAAAUUCAGGUGAUUUUAUAGAGAUGUGUACAUGCUGCUUGAAUUAGACCAGCAGAACUAUCUCCAUCUUGCAGAUUCUGCACUAGGUACAUUGCAUGUCAUAAAUGUAUUUUCCUGAC